UGUCAGAGGACUGUCUGUGCUCCCUAAGUAGAUGACUGCUACAAAUCUGGUGUCUGUAUUACUGACUGCGAGAUACAACACAAUUUGGUUCACAUAUUAUCAUCCCAAGUCAAGACAAGGUUUUUCGACUGUGGGAUAGAAUGCCGGCGAUCAUAAGUAAAAACUCCGAUUUGGAGUUUGACUCCUUACAACCAUGUUUCUACCCGGAUGAGGACGACUUCUACUUCUGUGGUCCCGACUCUGCGCCACCGGGGGAGGACAUCUGGAAGAAAUUCGAGUUGUUGCCCACUCCGCCCCUCUCUCCGAGCCGAGCCGCGCUACCGGGGGAGCCGGCGGCUGCCUCCCCGGAAGCAGACGCUCUGGGCUUCGGUUUAGGGGACCCGCUGGACUGGGCUUCUGAACUGCUGCUCCUGCCCGAGGACGAUAUCUGGGGGGCGUCCGACGAUGGGGACCUGUUCGGCUCCGCUUUGGAUACUAACCCCAACAACAUAAUUAUCCAGGACUGUAUGUGGAGUGGCUUCUCUGCCAGGGAAAAGCUUGAGCGGGUGGUCACGGAGAAACUCGGCAAGGCUAUUUCCAAUGCCACGGGAGGUGGCAGGAACGUGUGCGUCAAGGCGCCGGAGGUUGUGAGCCGCAGCUCGGUGUCAGAGUGUGUGGACCCCACGAUAGUCUUCCCUUUCCCGGUCAACAAGAAGAACAGCAACAGGGACUCAAUCGGGACCGUAAACACAUCCACAACCCACGGAAACGCUCCUAGUGACUCCGAAGAGGAAGAUGACGAUGACGAAGAAGAAGACGACGAAGACGACGACGAAGAUGACGACGAAGAAGAGGAGGAUGAUGACGACGACGACGACGAGGAAGAUGAGGAGGAGAUUGAUGUCGUUACAGUAGAGAAGAGGCGCUGCACGAUCAACAAGGCCUCACCAUUGACGACGGGCACGGUCACCAUCUCUGUGCAUCCCAAGAGCCACGACGCGAGAGGGUCCGGAGUGGUGAGUCGGUUCGUCAGCAGAGCUCCUCAGGAGCUGAUCCUGAAGAGGAGCUCAGUCCACCAGCAGCAACACAACUACGCAGCCCCCUCACCGUACGCGUCAGACGACGACCCCGUCCCACCUCCAAAGAAGCAAAGGACAUCAGACGCACCUCGACCUCCCACCAGAACCAUCUCCUCAUCCUCCUCAUCUUCCUCCACAUCCUGCAGCUCAGUCAGCAGCAUCUCGGGGUCACGCAGCAAGCGCAGCGCCAGCGGAGACUGCAGCCCGCGUGGCAGCUCCGACUCAGAGGACAGCGAGCGCCGGCGCAACCACAACAUCCUGGAGCGCCAGCGUCGCAACGACCUGCGCUCCAGCUUCCUGACGCUGCGCGACCACGUGCCGGAGCUGGCGCACAACGAGAAGGCAGCUAAGGUGCUGAUCCUGAAGAAGGCCACCGAGUACGUGAGCUCACUGGAGACAGAGGAGAUGAGGCUCCAGAAUGAGAAGGACAGGCUCCAAGCCCGCUGGCAGCAGCUGAUGCGCAGGCUAGAUCAGGGCAGGACUCGCUAACAGACAACCACUAUAACACAGAAACACUCACAUACACCCUGGAAGACCCCCCCCCCACCCCUUUGCCUCAACUCAAUCAGUCUGAAACACAAUUAGAUGCACACACAUAGGCCUAUACACUAAAGCACAAACACAUAGGCCUGCAUAUCUGUUGUACACGUGCACACACAAAUAUCUCAGAGGACGUUUAUCUUAAGAUGCCGACACACACACACACACACACACACGGACACGGACACGGAAGAGAGGGGGGGGGGGGUCGCCGGGGGGAUGCUCGGACUUUCACUGCCGCCACUUUUUUUGCACAUUUGUUGACGUUAAGAAUGUUUAGGGUUUACUUUUUCAAUCCAGUCACAUUGAGGAAAGAUUUUUUUUUUUUUUUUUUAAAGAGAAAAUAAUGAGGAAGGAGAGAGGACACACCUUGUUUUGGUCUCCUUCUCCUCCUGGAUUUUUUUUUUUUUUUAUAUCAUUUGUGUCUUGUUUUUUUUGUACUCACUGUGACACCAGCCUGGAAUCAGGUGAUUCCCCACAGGGAUGGGUGUAAGAGGGCACUUUGCUUGGAGAGUUCACGUACAAGACGCAGCAGUGCACACUUACUUUGCCUUCACCACUGCAAAAACUGAAGAGACUUUGACGACUGAGGCGUUAUGGGUCACAUAAACAAUGCCACUACAGGUUCUCCUUCUCUCACUCCUCUCUCACACUGGUGCUCAAACCAAGUCAGUGGAUGUAUAACUGUGCACCUUGCUAGCCGACACUUUUGUAUAUAACAAUAGUGUACAGACAAAAUAAACUCAGAUCUGCCUUGUUUUGUAAUACAUUUUUGUCCUUGUUUUUUUAUACAUGUCAGGAAGCUGCCAAUAACUAGACUGGAAGUUUAUAUACCUUUAAAAGUACUGUAAGGCCUCGAUUUUUGAGUCAUGAAACUUUGUAAUAUAACAAUAUAUUGUUUUUUUGUUUUUUUCAUCUCUUACUUUGUAUUGCAUUAUAUUACUAAUUCUACACACCUUUAUGCUUUUAGUGUGAACCUGAUACAUACUAAAUUUGAUACUUAUAUUUUCGUAUGAAAAUGAGUUCUCGGUAGAUAUCACUUUAUCUCGUCUUUCUUUCCCUCUUCUAUCUCAAAUAAUUCUUUUGUACAGCAAAUGUGUUUUAUCCUUAUGUACCUGGCCUUUUUCUUUAUUCCUCUCUUGUUUAUAUUUGUAACUAUCGGGUGCAUAGAACUGGGUAAACGGAUAUAAGAUGUUUGUUUUUUUCACUUUUAAAAUGUACAUUUAGUGCUGCAACUCAUAGCACUUUGAAAUACCUCAUUUUGAAAAAUAAAUAGACAUCAUAAAAUCCUCA